AUGAGUCCAUUGUACGCUUUGUUGUUUCUUACCGCUGUUUCGGCUCAAAGCAUUGUCUGGCAAGACGAGUUUGACACUUUGGACACAACCAAAUGGAACUACGAUUUGGGUAAUGGUGUGAACGGAUGGGGUAACGCCGAGUUGGAGUACUACACUGACAGCACUAGCAAUGUGUAUGUUGACAAUGGUAACUUGGUCAUUGAAGCCAUUCGUGAAGAUUCAAACGGAUUCUCUUUCACUUCUGGAAAGUUGACGACUUUGGGCAAAUACGACUUCUUGUAAGUAGUUGAGAUAUGUAUAAGACAGUCAAUGAACAAUGUUGCUUUAAAAAGAGAUAUAGAGAGCAUGACGAUAACCGUUGUAUGACCUUAUAAACCUUUGUUGCUUUAGAUACGGCACCAUUGUCGCCAGAAUCAAGAUCCCAAGCAUCACCGCCGGUUUGUGGCCCGCUUUCUGGAUGUUGGGUUCUACCAGUGACACCUGGCCCGAACAAGGAGAAAUCGAUAUUAUGGAGUACGGAGCUCAAGCUGCUUUGGCCGCCGGGACGGGUAACACCGAACUCUUCGGAACCUUCCACUGGGAAAGCAACGGAGCCGAAGCCGAUUACGGUCUUACCUACACUUCCCCAACAGACAUGAGUGCUGACUACCACAUUUACAACGUCACAUGGACCGAAUCUUUGAUCACCAUGUACGUUGACGGUAUUCAAUACCAAGCUAUGGACAUCUCCGCUAUCCCAACCUUCCAAAAAAACUUUUACUUUAUCAUCAAUUUGGCUGUUGGUGGUAACUUCCCAGCCAUCACUGACCCCAAUGGUAUUACUGCUCCACUUCCAGCUCAAUUGUUGGUUGACUACAUCAGAGUCUACCAAUAA